UUAUUAUUAUGGUUAAAAUUAUCAUGAUUUUUAAUAUUUCCUAAUAAUGUCUAUUUCAUGAAGAAAUAAAGAAGAAUUGUAUUUACUUACUCUGAAGACACAGUGUUAGCUUCUGCUUGGCACCUCAGCCUUUCACACUUAUGGUGCAGGUGAGAAGUGAUACUAGGUUUAUAUCUGGAGAGCUCAAGAAGGGAAAAGAACCAAAGAUUUUUAAAGAAAUUUAAUCCUAAUAUUAAUACUUUAUCUUGAACUUUUUUAUUUUUCAUUUUUAUAGAUCUCAGUUACAUGUGGACGAAUUGCUCAAUGGGAACAGACAAUGACUUUAAAGAUUAUGGCCACCGUUAGUCUGCAGAAGAAUGGCUUUUCUCAAUGUCACUGAGUCCCAUCCCUCUUCAUUCCUGUUGCUGGGGAUUCCAGGACUGGAGGCUGCACAAUCCUGGCUUGGCUUUCCCUUCUGUGUUUUGUAUCUAAUUGCUCUUGUGGGAAAUGUUAUUAUUCUGUUUUUGAUUUGGGCUGAUCAUCGCCUGCACCAACCCAUGUUCUACUUUCUGGCUAUGUUAUCAGGGAUCGACCAGAGUCUCUCUACUGCUUCCAUCCCCAAGAUGCUGGGCAUCUUCUGGUUCAGCCUCCGGGAACUGCGCUUUGGGUGCUGUGUUGCACAAGUCUUUUUUAUCCACUUUUUCACAGUCAUGGAGAGCUUUGUACUUCUUGCCAUGAGCUUUGAUCGUUAUGUGGCUGUUUGCAACCCCCUCAGGUACACCAUGAUCCUCACUAACAGAACUGUUGGUGUGAUUGGUGUGCUUGUAGUCCUAAGAAGUUUAUUCAAGAUUGCUCCCACUGUUUUUCUCCUCCUGAGACUGCCUUACUGUGGACAUAGAAUCAUCCCUCACACCUAUUGUGAGCACAUGGGAGUUGCGCGCCUGGCUUGUGCCAGCAUCAAUAUCAAUGUCUGCUACGGUCUUGGGAACAUUUCUGUCUUGCUUCUGGAUGUGCUGCUUAGUGUUAUCUCCUAUGCUAAGAUCUUAUACACUGUCUGCCUGCUUCUUUCCCAAGAUGCCCACCUGAAGGCUCUCAAUACUUGUAGUUCUCAUAUCUGUGUCAUCAUAGCUUUCUUUGGCCCAGCUCUGUUCUCCUUCCUCACUCAUCACUUUGGUCAUGGUAUCCCUCAGUAUAUCCAUAUCCCCCUAGCUAAUCUGUGUGUGGUUAUCCCCCCUGCCCUCAAUCCAGUCAUUUAUGGGAUCAGGACCAAGCAGAUCCAGGAGCAGGUACAGAAUCUCUUCAUUAAAAAAGUCUGAAUAACAGGUAAUAAAUUCAGGCUAUGAAGGUAUAA